AUGCUUAAACCCUGCUCUCAAGAGCAGCGAGGACAACUCUACAUCAUGACCACUACAACACUGGGAACCAAACACAGAGAUACCACACCAAGCAUUCCCACCACUACACUGCUUGUGAAAGAAAGCACCACUGUCCCACCAUCCACAGAGACAAGCAGAGCUGCAACAACCUCUACAUCAGUGACCACUACUCAAACAACUGGAGAGCCAAGAACAACAGAGACUGUAACAGAAAAUGAAACAACCACAUCUCAGACACCUGUGUCCACCACCACUAGACCACCAAAGGUGGUGACAACUGAACUAACAAGCCAACCAACAACCACAGCUACAACAACUGCUGAAGAAAUCACAUCAACAUCAUCUGAAUUGUCAACAUCUUCUGUUCCAGCAACACAGACCUCAUUACCAGUUGUAACAUCCACACAACCAACAACAGUAACAGAGACAACAGCUGUGCCAGUGACUACAGUUGUGUCAACAACUACAAGAGCUGAAUCCUCCACUGAAGCUGAGAUCACCACUGAGGGAGUAUCUUCAACAACAAAACCAAUCAAAGCUGAAACAACUCUUGCAACAACCACACCAAGCAUCCCAACCACUACACUGCUUGUGAAAGAAAGCACCACUGUCCCACCAUCCACAGAGACAAGCAGAGCUGCAACAACCUCUACAUCAGUGACCACUACUCAAACAACUGGAGAGCCAAGAACAACAGAGACUGUAACAGAAAAUGAAACAACCACAUCUCAGACACCUGUGUCCACCACCACUAGACCACCAAAGGUGGUGACAACUGAACUAACAAGCCAACCAACAACCACAGCUACAACAACUGCUGAAGAAAUCACAUCAACAUCAUCUGAAUUGUCAACAUCUUCUGUUCCAGCAACACAGACCUCAUUACCAGUUGUAACAUCCACACAACCAACAACAGUAACAGAGACAACAGCUGUGCCAGUGACUACAGUUGUGUCAACAACUACAAGAGCUGAAUCCUCCACUGAAGCUGAGAUCACCACUGAGGGAGUAUCUUCAACAACAAAACCAAUCAAAGCUGAAACAACUCUUGCAACAACCACACCAAGCAUCCCAACCACUACACUGCUUGUGAAAGAAAGCACCACUGUCCCACCAUCCACAGAGACAAGCAGAGCUGCAACAACCUCUACAUCAGUGACCACUACUCAAACAACUGGAGAGCCAAGAACAACAGAGACUGUAACAGAAAAUGAAACAACCACAUCUCAGACACCUGUGUCCACCACCACUAGACCACCAAAGGUGGUGACAACUGAACUAACAAGCCAACCAACAACCACAGCUACAACAACUGCUGAAGAAAUCACAUCAACAUCAUCUGAAUUGUCAACAUCUUCUGUUCCAGCAACACAGACCUCAUUACCAGUUGUAACAUCCACACAACCAACAACAGUAACAGAGACAACAGCUGUGCCAGUGACUACAGUUGUGUCAACAACUACAAGAGCUGAAUCCUCCACUGAAGCUGAGAUCACCACUGAGGGAGUAUCUUCAACAACAAAACCAAUCAAAGCUGAAACAACUCUUGCAACAACCACACCAAGCAUCCCAACCACUACACUGCUUGUGAAAGAAAGCACCACUGUCCCACCAUCCACAGAGACAAGCAGAGCUGCAACAACCUCUACAUCAGUGACCACUACUCAAACAACUGGAGAGCCAAGAACAACAGAGACUGUAACAGAAAAUGAAACAACCACAUCUCAGACACCUGUGUCCACCACCACUAGACCACCAAAGGUGGUGACAACUGAACUAACAAGCCAACCAACAACCACAGCUACAACAACUGCUGAAGAAAUCACAUCAACAUCAUCUGAAUUGUCAACAUCUUCUGUUCCAGCAACACAGACCUCAUUACCAGUUGUAAUAUCCACACAACCAACAACAGUAACCGAGACAACAUCUGUGCCAUUGAGUACAGUUGUGUCAUCAACUAAACCUGAAUCCUCCACUGAAGCUGAGAUUACCACUGAGGGAGUCUCUUCAACAACAAAACCAAUCAAAGCUGAAACAACUCUUGCAACAACCACACCAAGCAUCCCAACCACUACUCUGCUUGUGAAAGAAAGCACCACUGCCCCAUCAUCCACAGAGACAAGCAGAGCUGCAACAACCUCUACAUCAGUGACCACUACUCAAACAACUGGAGAACCAAGAACAACAGAGACUGUAACAGAAAAUGAAACAACCACAUCUCAGACACCUGUGUCCACCACCACUAGACCACCAAAGGUGGUGACAACUGAACUAACAAGCCAACCAACAACCACAGCUACAACAACUGCUGAAGAAAUCACAUCAACAUCAUCUGAAUUGUCAACAUCUUCUGUUCCAGCAACACAGACCUCAUUACCAGUUGUAACAUCCACACAACCAACAACAGUAACAGAGACAACAGCUGUGCCAGUCACUACAGUUGUGUCAACAACAACAAGAGCUGAAUCCUCCACUGAAGCUGAGAUCACCACUGAGGGGGUAUCUUCAACAACAAAACCAAUCAAAGCUGAAACAACUCUUGCAACAACCACACCAAGCAUCCCAACCACUACACUGCUUGUGAAAGAAAGCACCACUGUCCCAUCAUCCACAGAGACAAGCAGAGCUGCAACAACCUCUACAUCAGUGACCACUACUCAAACCACUGGAGAACCAAGAACAACAGAGACUGUAACAGAAAAUGAAACAACCACAUCUCAGACACCUGUGUCCACCACCACAAGACCACCAAAGGUGGUGACAACUGAACUAACAAGUCAACCAACAACAACAGCUACAACAACUGCUGAAGAAAUC